UGACGUUGAUAUCCGGCAUUCCACAAGAAAAUCAGAAGAAAGCCAGCUUUGGGCACGCGUUGGUGUGAGAUGAUCUCACUCGUACCGGACGGAUUAGAUUAGAAAUUCUGGUCCAUUUAAUAACGUCACGCUUAUAUUAACACCGCCAGCCGUUGAUCUCGUUGGAUCAUGAAACACUGACCACAUGUUGACAAGAUCGGACGGACCAGAGGCAGCUUUUGAGGGACUCUUGAUCUGGCUAAGUGGACUGAGUGAUCGGUUAAAGCGAAUCUCAUAUUUGACUCAUCUUUAAUACAGUGACUUCACCAGAUCAAAGCGUUUCUGCCUUCACCAACGUCUCCAGCAUCUACAGUGAAGGAUGAAUCACCUGUCUUUGAGUGAGCUAUGUUGCCUUUUCUGCUGUCCACCGUGCCCGAGCAGAAUAGCGUCCAAGCUGGCCUUCCUUCCACCGGAGCCCACUUACACCAUGAUGUGCGAUGAAAGCGGCAGCCACUGGACUCUCCAUCUUUCUGAGCGUGCAGAUUGGCAGUACUCUGCCCGGGAGAAGGACGCCAUUGAGUGCUUCAUGACCCGGACAUCUAGAGGGAACCGAAUCGCUUGUAUGUUUGUGCGAUGUUCUCCAAACGCUCGCUACACCUUGUUGUUUUCCCACGGUAACGCUGUAGACUUGGGUCAGAUGAGUAGCUUCUACAUCGGCCUUGGCUCCCGCAUCAACUGUAACGUGUUCUCCUAUGACUACUCGGGUUACGGGGCAAGCUCAGGGAAGCCUUCGGAGAAGAAUUUGUAUGCUGAUGUGGAUGCUGCAUGGCACGCACUACGAACAAGGUACGGGAUCAGGCCAGAGAAUGUGAUCAUAUAUGGCCAGAGCAUUGGUACAGUCCCUUCGGUGGAUCUGGCCUCUCGGUACGAGAGCGCUGCCGUCAUCCUCCACUCCCCUCUGACCUCAGGCAUGCGGGUGGCUUUUCCUGACACCAAGAAGACGUACUGCUUCGACGCAUUCCCCAACAUUGAUAAAAUCUCUAAAGUCACCUCUCCGGUGCUGGUGAUCCAUGGUACGGAGGACGAGGUGAUUGAUUUUUCCCAUGGACUGGCCCUUUACGAGCGCUGCCAACGGCCCGUGGAGCCGCUGUGGGUGGAGGGUGCGGGACACAAUGACGUAGAGCUGUAUGGACAGUACCUGGAGCGCUUGAAACAGUUUGUGGCUCACGAACUUGUAAACUUAUAGAUGGACCUCAAGAUCAGGACUCACCAUACUUGAUGAACAUGCCCCUGGUGCCCAGCAGGUGACUGUGAACAUGACAACGGUUUUCUCACCUGUGCUUUUACUGCCUUUCUUUGGGGUGUGUUUGUGUAACUGUACUUCUACCGGUGUGAGCGGAGGAGUCGGAUGUUUCGGUUACUAAAGAAUCAAGCCCAUCCAUAAAUCCAGGUUUUGUUUUGCUGUCUGCAUGUAAUCAUGUACACAAUAGAGUACUGUACACAUGCAGCAUUCUGACACAAAUAAUUAAUUGCCAUACAGGUGAUGCCAAAUAAUAUAUUAAACUCUGAUACAUUACUUUGUAUGUACAUGUUUCUAAAACAUAGCUGCAAUGUGUUCAAUUUAUAUGAAGUUUCAGUAUGUUUUUUUUUUUUUUUUUUUUUUUUCUCCAUGUACUCGCACUUGUCUGUGUUUUGCCCUUAAGUGUAUUCGCUGUCCUAGACCUUUAAAACAAUGCUGGACAAUAUGACAGUAAUAUCUGUUUUAACUUUCAAAUAAACAAAUAAAGAGACACGUGUGUGGCUUACAAUAGCCCAAAGCAACACACACCUGCCCAAACAGCAUUAGUGAUAUUAGUAACAAUCCAGUUAUCUACUUUUGCACUUUUUUUAAUGGAAAUAAUCCAUUAGACCUCUUGGUUACACACACUGAACUUAACACUUGAUUCUGUUUGGAGUCAUUGAUUUGACUUUUAUUCAAAUGUACACAACUUUUAUAGUUGUUGUUUUGCGCCAUGAUAAGGCUGUUACUUUGGACACUGCUGCUGAAUUUAGGCAGUGACAUUACGUUUCUCUUUAGAGAAGCACUGGACGCGGUGAUAAGAGUUUGGAAGGAUGUGAUUUAAUGUCUGUACAUGGAAAUUGAACAAUGCUCUAAAGUAGAUCUUAUUCUCAAAUGUAAAAGAGGACUGUAACCCUGUUCCACUUUGUAAAUAACCUUCGUUUUUUUUAAUUUUCUGAAUGACUGUACUAUAAAACUAGUGAUAAUGUUAUUACCAAUGUAAAUUGAUUUAUUAUUAUAUUAUGUAUGGCACAGAAUUGAUUUCAACUGGUCAGACUGAAGCACCAACUGACAUGCUUCAAUUUUUCCAGACGUGUUGUUUUUCUGUUUUUGUAAGCACCAGUUGUAAAAGAAAAUUGCUAUACUGUAUGUAAUUAUGAUCUUGAAUAGUUAUAAUACAAAAUUGGAAGUAAACAUGUAUUUCAGAGACUAAAGAGCUAAAAGAAAUAAAAUCAAGUUGUGGUA